UUCCUCUUAUAACAUUUAUUUACCUCCCAUUUUUUCACACUAUAUAUCCCACUGAAUCAGCUUUAAUAAUCCUUCACUUAAGCUAUAAUAAGCUCAUUCAACCUCCAAACCCCCAUUCUCUCUCUCUCUCUCCUCUCUCUCUCACACACACACACUCACUCACUCACUCUUUCUCUCUCCUGAGAACUGAAGAAUUUUGAGUGGCGAUGGCAGCCACCUCCGUGAUGAAGCUGUCUCCCAGCGCAACCGCCGUCGCUAAUUACAAGAGUGCGGAAGAUUCCAAUUCGACGACGUUCACGCGGCUGUCUUUCGCGGCGUCCAACGUCUCCGGCGAGAGCAUCACGGCGGCGUCGCCGCGGCAACUCCGGAUUCGACGGCGUCGUUCCGGAGACGAAUUGGAGAGACGGAGUCCGGUGAUUGUUUCUCCGAAGGCGGUUUCCGACUCUCAGAAUUCCCAAACGUGCCUUGAUCCUGACGCCAGCAGAAGUGUCUUGGGAAUUAUUCUGGGAGGUGGAGCUGGUACUCGACUUUAUCCGCUGACAAAGAAGAGGGCAAAGCCAGCUGUUCCUCUUGGAGCAAAUUAUCGGCUAAUUGAUAUUCCUGUGAGCAAUUGCUUGAACAGCAAUAUAUCCAAGAUAUAUGUUCUCACUCAAUUCAAUUCUGCAUCGCUCAAUCGUCACCUUUCAAGGGCGUAUGCUAGCAACAUGGGCGGUUACAAGAAUGAAGGUUUUGUUGAGGUUCUUGCGGCUCAGCAAAGUCCGGAAAAUCCCAAUUGGUUUCAGGGUACAGCAGAUGCUGUAAGGCAGUAUUUAUGGUUGUUUGAAGAGCACAAUAUUCUCGAGUUCUUGAUUCUUGCUGGCGAUCAUUUGUACAGAAUGGACUAUGAGAGGUUUAUUCAGGCCCAUAGAGAAACAGAUGCUGAUAUUACUGUUGCUGCUUUGCCAAUGGAUGAAAAGCGUGCUGAAUCAUUUGGGCUGAUGAAGAUUGACGAAGAAGGGCGCAUUGUUGAAUUUGCUGAGAAACCAAAAGGAGAAAAGCUGAAAUCAAUGAAGGUUGAUACUACUAUAUUGGGUCUUGAUGAUGAGAGAGCAAAGGAGAUGCCUUACAUUGCAAGCAUGGGAAUAUAUGUUGUUAGCAAAGAUGUGAUGAUAAAUCUUCUGAGGGAUAAGUUUCCUUCAGCCAAUGAUUUUGGAAGUGAAGUUAUUCCUGGAGCCACUGCUAUGGGACUAAGAGUGCAAGCUUACUUGUUUGAAGGCUACUGGGAAGAUAUUGGUACGAUUGAAGCUUUCUACAAUGCCAAUCUAGGGAUCACAAAGAAGCCAGUGCCAGAUUUUAGCUUCUAUGAUCGAUCAGCUCCAAUCUAUACUCAACCUCGAUAUCUGCCUCCUUCCAAGAUGCUGGAUGCUGAUGUCACAGAUAGUGUCAUCGGUGAGGGCUGCGUGAUCAAGAACUGUAAAAUCCACCAUUCUGUGGUUGGACUUAGAUCGUGCAUAUCAGAGGGUGCAGUCAUAGAGGACACCUUGUUGAUGGGUGCGGAUUAUUACGAGACGGAUGCUGACAGAAGGUUGCUGGCAGCAAAGGGUAGCGUGCCUAUUGGCAUAGGUAAAAACACUCACAUCAAGAGAGCCAUCAUCGACAAGAAUGCCCGAAUCGGCGAAAACGUGAAGAUUAUAAACAGUGACAAUGUUCAAGAAGCAGCAAGAGAAGCGGAGGGGUACUUUAUCAAGAGCGGUAUUGUCACAGUAAUUAAAGAUGCUUUAAUUCCGAGUGGUAUUGUGAUCUAAAAAAAAUCACAUGUCUUUUUUCAGUGCUACCUAGGGUUUAUGCUUUCGAUAUUUCUUGGCUGAUAGUGAGACACAAGUACACUGAGGUUAUUUUCGAGUAUAAUUUAGAUGUACAUGUUUCCGUAGCCUGGAUGAGUUGGCUAUGAAUAAAGACACCCCUUCAAUUAGAAUAAAAAUUAAGUAUGAGAGUUGGUUAUGAAAACCCUUUAAUUUAUAAUGAACAUUCAUUUCGUAGAUGGUUUCGAUUUCUUCGGUUGACAUUAAAUACACUUUGUCCACUUUUUCUUGGUGGCACGGACUGCCGUUUGGCUAAAUUUAUAAGUUUCAAAUAAAUUUGCAGAUUCUAUUUUAA